GGUUGCAUGGUUACCGAUAACACGUGUGCGGUAUUAACAAUGAUUUCCACCUUUUAUUUCUCAGGGUUAUUUACUUAGCGACGAAGACUGGGGGACUGGAUCAUGUCACAUAUCUAUUUAUUUUACGUGAAGUUAAGAGGCAACCAAAUGUGCCAGAUAUGUGAAAGUACCCAGAGGGGAACACACAUUUGUGCCCACUGUUGUUACAUCCAAAGAUGUCCCCCGAUGAGGCGGUGGUGUUCUCUGCAGCCCGAUGACGGAGCUCUGAUACCGCUGAGACGUUGAAUGAGCGCACUGAGGAUUGUCAGUGCGACGGCUAGCUUACGUGAUUUAACGACACCGAUAAAUGUCGAGGACGGAGCCUGCAGCGUAACCGUCAGAGACUCGACACCAAGUCGCGUUAAGCCGAAAGCGACCCGCUGCCUCAAGCUAGCACCUCGUUAAGCUAGCUACGGUUAGCCGGGCCGCUAAUGUGAGCGGGCGACUGCAUCUUCAGUGCCACCAGUCAUCAGUAGGGGCAAUUUGUUGGGCGAUUGCAAAUUGACAACUUGACCCGAGAGGCUUGUGUGCGUCCUGCGGUCUCGCAGCGCCAAUUGCCUGUGUCAAUAUGUCCACCACUUCGUUGGAUAAAGAACUACAGGAGCGGCUGAGAGAGGCGUCUGCCAUCGGGGACAUCGACGAAGUGCGGACAUUGGUCGAGAGUGGAGUAAAUGUUAAUUCACAGAACGAAAUAAAUGGCUGGACAUGCCUGCACUGGGCAUGCAAAAGGAACCAUAAGCACAUAGUGUCCUACUUACUCAGUUAUGGAGCAGACAAGGAAAUCCUCACCGCUAAGGAUGAGUUGGCGUCACAACUUACAUCCAAACCAGAGAUCAAACGACUUUUAGGAGUUGAAGUGGAGGAUGGGCCUGAAGUCAAGGAGCCGGAGUUGCCAAUCAUCCCCAACUACCUGUCUAACCCGGCCUUCAUGUAUUCCAAGAUGGAUAGGUCAGAGAUCAUCCUGGCACAGCAACUCGCACAGAAUGGUUCUGGAGAAGACACGGAGGACACGCACAGCGAUUCACCGUCCCUUUCCCCGAUUCACGAGCCUCAGAAAUCACAGAGCCUGUUCUCUGACAGCCCCACACCUCCCCCAAACCCCACCACCCACAGCCAAGCCCAUGGGGAAUUCAUUCCUGUGAGUGAGCAAAACGGUGUGUCACCCAGUCCGGCCUCAUCCCACAACCACGCUGCUUUUAACUGCACAGUGCCCAUGGACCUGUCAGUUGAGCCUCACCUUGUCAACCAUGCCGACUACCCGCAUGCGGUGGUGCACAAUGGCACCAUUUGCUCGCCUCCAUUGGCCUCACCCAGCCCCAGCUUGGCCAGCAGCAGUGGGAGCCAGGUACAGGCCCCGGUGGCCAGCGCUAACCCGGCUAUGAGCAGGCAGCAGUCCAUCCCACAGCAGCUGAGCUACGGCCAGUCUGGUGGGCCCAUGGCGGCCUUCCAGCCUUUCUUCUUCACCAGCACCUUCCCUGUCAACGUGCAAGAGUUGGUGCUGAAGGUGCGUAUCCAGAACCCCCACGGUCGGGAGAACGACUUCAUUGAAGUGGAGCUGGACCGCCAGGAACUCACCUAUCGCUCCCUUCUUAGGGUCUGUUGCCGAGAGUUAGACAUCAGCACUGAGCACGUGGAGAAGAUCCGCAAGCUGCCGAACACCAUGUUGAGAAAGGACAAGGACAUAGCUCGGCUGCAGGACUUUCAGGAGCUGGAGGUGGUGUUGGAGAAAGCAGAGGGCUUGUCCCUUUUCUCUGGAGCUGGGGGCCUAACAGACAGACCCUGCUACAACAUGAAGGCCUCCCGCCUCACCUACUAGAGCUCCCAGAGCCCAAGUUCUCCCACUUACGAUGGGCCUUUGUAGCUGCCCUUAAGCAACCAUAACUAGUUGCCCACCCAGGUCCCUUGUAACAGCUUUGUCCAGCUUUGGUGUUUCGCCAAUUUCCUAACCGGGAUUAGUUUUUCUGUAGCUAUUGUCCUCCUCUGGCACCUCCUGCCGCUAUAGUGUACCCAACCGGUUGUAAGCGAUUACUGAUGCACGGUGCCCUCGGUUAUUGAUAACUCUGACCAGUAAGUUCAUCAUCGGUCCACAGAGUAGGACGCGUUGGACUUGCACACAGCAACUUGUAUUUCUGGGGGAAUUGGCAUAUGGUGUUAUACGAUGUUCUAGCUGGCACACUUUCAUACAUGCUGUAGGCAUAAACCUUAGUGUCUUUCCUGCAGAGGGAAUUGCAUACUAAUUCUAAGGUGGAAAUAAUCUCUCACCAGGUGAGAUGAAGGUAUCUUUGGACUAAUAGUACUUCUAUACAUACAGUUUGCUUUAAUCGAUAUCCACACAAGGAUGGACACAUUUGAGUAGGCGUACUGCUUUCCCGACAUGUUUAAGUCAUUCAGUCAUACACUGUGGGAACAAAAUAAUUACUUUUGUUUGAAUUGUUCUCUUUUGUGUCUUUUCAUGUCGGACAAGAAUUUCUAUCUUCGAGAUGAAUGUGCAGCAACUAAUUUUUAUUUUAUUUUAUACAGUGUAUUUGCACUUCUGUUUGCAGGUUGUGCUAUUAGGUUCCGUCAGCAUAAUACUCAAACUGUCAACUGUGAAGUAUUUAUUUUGAAUGUUAAUAAUUUAUAUUGAUUUCUAUUAACGAAGCGAGACGAUGUGCUUUAGAGUAACGAGGCUCGAGGCCCAGGAAAAGUUGUAUGUGAGGCUCCCUAUUUGAUUUAUCGUACAUAUUGAUUUCAGUUGCUGUCGUUCUGUUUAACUGUGAUUAGAAUCAAAACCAAAAAUUAAUAUAGCCAGCAAAGAUACUAAGUGCAAAAUAAACUAUCACUGCUUCAGAGGAAAA